CCGGACGCUCAAGGCCCCGAGGAUGGAGGCCAUUGUGCCCCCUGAUCUCCUCCUGCUGCUGGCGGCCCCGUUGUUCUGGGUUCAAACUCGCGCAGGCUCACACUCGCUGCUCAGUUUCACCACUGCCGUGUCCCGGCCUGGUCUCAGGGAGCCGUGGUUCAUUUUCGUGAGCUACGUGGACGACACGCAGUUCGUGCGCUUCGACAGUGUCGCAGAGAAUCCGAGAGUGGAGCCCUGUGCCGGGUGGAUGGAGCAGGAGGACCCUGAAUAUUGGGAGCUACAGACCCAGACAGCCCGGACUCAAGCACAACAAUCUGGGGAAAGCCUGGUGGUCCUGAUUCGCUAUUUCAACCAGAGCGAAGACGACUCUCACACGCUGCAGGGGAUGCAGGGCUGCGACAUGGGACCAGAUGGGCGCCUGCUCCGCUGGUACAACCAGCUGGCCUAUGAUGGCGAGGAUUUCCUCACCUUGAACGAGGACCUGAACUCCCAGACAAUGACUACCAGCACUAUAGCUCAGAUCUCACAGCACAAGUUAGAGGCCCACCUGAAGGCUGGCAACUGCGUGGAGCUGCUGCGGAAACACCUGGAAAGGGGGAAGGACACACUGCUGCGCUCAGGUGCCCUGGGGAGCCAUACCCUGCCCAAGUUUCCCUCAGGCUGCUUGCUGGGAUUUUGGAGAGCUGAGUGGGAUGAGAGGAAUUGGGGAACAGCGCACAGGUUGAGCAGUGCUCAGCAAGCACAGAUUCUGGACCCACCAAAGACACAUGUGACCAGUCACCCCAUCCUGAAUGAAAAAGUCACCCUGAGGUGCUGGGCUCUGGGUUUCUACCCUGCUGAGAUCUCCCUGACCUGGCAGUUGGAUGGGGAGGAUUUGAUCCAGGAAAUGGAGUUUGUAGAGACCAGACCUUCUGGGGAUGGAAUCUUCCAGAAGUGGGCAGCUGUGGUGGUGCCUUCCGGAGAGGAACAGAAAUACACAUGCCAUGUGGACCAUGAGGGGCUGACACAACCCCUCACCCUGAGAUGGGAGCCUCCUCAGUCCACUGUCCCCAUCGUGACAAUCAUUGCUGUCCUGGGUCUCCUUGGAGCUGCGGCCAUCAUUGGAGCUGUGGUGGCUGUUGUGAGGAGGAGGAGGAGAAUCACAGGUGGAAAGGGAGGCUAUGCUCAUGUUGUAGCAGGCCGCGACAGUUCCCAGAGCUCGGACUUGUCUCUGGAGGCUUGAAAAGCUAGAGCUUCCUGGAGCGUGGCCUCAAGCGGUUCCCCCACAAUCAGCGAUCGUCAUGCAGCCUGAGGAUCCCAG